ACUACAUCUAGCCCCGGUUAGAACGCAAAAUCUCGACCUGGGUUGCAAGAAAUUCUUACACAUGCAGCCCAAAAUAACUUCUUUCUUCAAUUCUUCUUCCACACCACAAUCUCCUGAACUGAAGAACAUCUCUGAAUCCGACAAUUUGUUUGGCGACUAUGAUUCUCAUCUCAAUCAAUCAGAAAUACGCAUCAUAUACAAGCGUAGAUCUCCAGAACAAAACCCCAUCAGAGAGAGCGAUGAUGAAUCUAUAAACGGAAAACAACUCAAGGGUCUCUCCGAAGAUUUGUCAUUGAAUCGCGCAUCUACAUUCAAGAAAAGAAGCUAUGCGCAAUUCCAUUUAGAACUGGGUCAGUCUGAUUUUCUUCUUCGAACCUGUUCCAUAUGUGGGUUCAAAUAUGCCGCAGGUGAUGAAGGAGAUGAAUAUUUUCAUAAAACAAUCCACAAGAAUUUCACUCAUGGGAUCCAAUUUAAGGGUUGGCGCAAGGAGAGAGAGAUCCAAUUACCAUCGGUUCAGUCGGGUCGAGUGAUUCUUGUCUUAGAUAAUGAUUCCGUAGCACAGAAAAACAAGGUACAUGAGGUUUUGAAGAUGAUGGAGAUGGAGCUUGGAGAUGGCUGGAUAUUUCAUCAACAUUGCAAGGUGUAUCUGUUCAUUACCUCCCAGAGAAUUGCUGGCUGUUUAAUUGCAGAGACAAUAACAAAGGCACAUAGACUCAUCUCAUCUUCAGUCAACAAAAGGCCUAAGAAUAUAGUCAUGAAGAAAGCACAAAAUAGACCCACAGAACUACAAUUUGGCAAAGUGUGCUUUCAGAGACAAGUAGUGAAACGAUCAUCUGUUACCAAUAGUGGGAAGACUGGGGAUGAAGAAGAGUUCUUCAAAGGAGCAAUAUGCUGUGAAGAAGAGUCUGUUCCUGCUGUUUGUGGAAUUAGAGCCAUUUGGGUCAGUCUUUCAAAUAGAAGGAAACAUAUAGCCACUCAUUUGCUUGAUGCUGCCAGGAUAAAUUGGUACGAGGGAGAGGAGAAGCUUGAAGCUUCUCAAAUGGCAUUCUCGCAGCCGAGUUCAACAGGCAUGGCAUUGGCAGCUUCUUAUACCGGAACUACCUCAUUUUUGGUGUACAAAGCCUGUGAGUAAUUAGUAGGAGCAACAAAAGUGAUUAAUUUAAUGCCUUUUGGACU